UAACUUAACCUUUAAAAGAACGAUUUAUUAGUAUAUUUUUUCCUCUAUGAUCGGAUUGUUAUCUGUUUAGCAAUAGGAAGCUGCAAUGUAGAUUCCUCGAACGUGUUUACUUCAUUCAUCUCGUAUCUCUUUUAAAACCUAUGCCCUUGAAAGAAAAAAAUAGAAAUCUCCCUUGUUUGCUCAUUUAGUUUGUUGAUCAAUGUCUUUGAGGUUGCGAAAGCCGAGCGAACCCACCAUGCAUCGCCAGGUGGAGCCUUCGAAAAGCUCUGUACGAAGGUGGCGAGUGGCGGUUACAGCCAUAAGCGUCACUAGGUUUCUUGUGGGGUUGACUAAGAAAGUGGCUGAAAAGAAUGCGGAGCUCUUGCGGUCUCUCUCUUUCGUUACCAUCGACGUUGAAGGAAGUGGCGAUGAACGUGUUCCGAUUCUCGACGUUGAUCCUCAAGGACUUGCUAAGAUGGUGAAAGACAAGAGCUUCCAAAGCUUGAACGAUCAGUAUGGUGGAGUUAAACAGGUUGCUACUCUCCUUCAAACUGAUUUCAAAACAGGAAUCCCAGGUGAUGAUAAUGACCUUGCUCUUCGAACCAAGGUUUUUGGUGCAAAUAAGUACCAGAAACAGCCUGCAAAAAGUUUCUUUAGCUUUGUUCUGGAAGCAUUUAAAGACACCAUCAUCAUCAUUUUAUUGGUCUGCGCUGUCCUCUCUUUAGCCUUCGGAAUCAAACAGCAUGGCCUCAAGGAAGGGUGGUACGAUGGUGGGAGCAUCAUUGUAGCCGUUGUGCUUGUCGUCGUCGUCUCCGCCGUGAGUAAUUACAGGCAAAGUAAACAAUUCGAGGAGCUUUCUCAUGAAACCAAUGACAUACGCGUGCAAGUGGUACGAAACCGAAGAUACCAACCUGUGUCGAUCUUUGAGCUGGUGGUCGGCGAUAUUGUGUCUUUGAAGACCGGUGAUCAGAUUCCAGCCGAUGGUUUGUUCGUCGAGGGCCAUUCGUUGAAGGUCGAUGAGUCUAGCAUGACUGGAGAGAGUGACCAUGUUGAAGUUAAUGAAAAGAAGAACCCAUUUUUGCUGUCUGGUACGAAGGUCACUGAUGGCCAUGGGUACAUGCUAGUCACUGCUGUUGGAAUGAACACUGCAUGGGGUGAGAUGAUGAGUUCCAUAAGGCGUGAUUUGAACGAGGAGACCCCUUUACAAGUCCGACUCAGCAAGCUGACUUCUUACAUUGGGAACAUUGGAUUAUCUGUAGCAGUUCUUGUUCUGUUGGUUCUGCUUAUCCGUUACUUUACGGGUCACACAAAAGCUGAGAACGGAAGAAGUGCAUUCAAUGGGAGCAGGACCAAGUUCGAUGAUGUAAUGAACUCGGUUGUUAGUAUUAUUGCAGCAGCUGUCACCAUUGUAGUUGUGGCCAUUCCAGAGGGUUUGCCUUUAGCUGUUACUCUAACUCUGGCUUAUUCAAUGAAGAGGAUGAUGAGGGACCAUGCCAUGGUAAGGAAACUCUCUGCUUGUGAAACCAUGGGCUCAGCCACCAUAAUCUGCACUGAUAAAACCGGCACUCUUACAUUAAACGAGAUGAAGGUUACUGAGUUUUGGCUUGGAAAGGAACCUAUUGAUAAUUCUAUGAGCUCUGAAAUAGCACCUAAUGUCCUCCAGUUACUAAGUGAAGGGGUUGGUUUAAACACGACAGGUACUGUUUAUAAACCUGAGCCCACAUCAGUUCCUGAGAUUUAUGGUAGUCCAACUGAGAAAGCAAUACUCUCUUGGGCUCUGAAUGAUAUGGGGUUGAACAUUGAUGAAUCAAAACAAAGUUGUGAAAUCAUCCAUGUUGAGGCCUUCAAUUCAGAGAAAAAGAGGAGUGGAGUUUUGAUAAGGAGAAGCAAUAACAAAAGAGUGCUAGCUACUCAUUGGAAAGGAGCUGCGGAAAUGCUACUAGCCAUGUGUUCAUGUUAUUGUGACAAAAAAGGGGUAUUAAAGUUCAUGAAUGAAGAUGAAAGAGCACACAUUGGAAUGGUUAUUGAGAGUAUGGCAGCUAAAAGCCUGAGAUGUAUUGCCUUUGCAACUUCGGAUGUAACAGUGACAGAUGGAAAUGAAGAGAAUCAUACAAAGCUUGAAGAAACAGGACUGACUUGGUUGGGUCUUGUUGGCCUCAAGGAUCCAUGUCGGCCAGGUGUCAAACAAGCAGUAGAAUCUUGCAAGAAAGCUGGAGUAAGCAUCAAAAUGAUCACUGGGGACAACAUGCAUACGGCAAGGGCCAUAGCUUUUGAAUGUGGAAUCCUCAAUUCCGAAAGCAGUUUACACAAUGAAGCUGUGGUUGAAGGUGUGCAAUUUAGAAAUUACUCAGAGGAAGAAAGAAGGCAAAAGAUCGAAACUAUUCGAGUAAUGGCAAGAUCUUCGCCUUUCGACAAACUUCUAAUGGUACAGUGCUUGAAGCAGAAGGGUCAUGUAGUAGCAGUCACUGGAGAUGGUACAAAUGAUGCUCCUGCUUUAAAAGAAGCUGAUAUUGGACUUUCCAUGGGCAUUCAAGGAACUGAAGUUGCAAAAGAGAGCUCAGAUAUCGUCAUUUUGGACGAUAACUUCACCUCUGUGGCAACAGUUUUAAGAUGGGGUCGAUGCGUGUACAACAACAUCCAAAAGUUUAUUCAGUUUCAGCUGACAGUGAAUGUUGCAGCCUUGGUCAUCAAUUUCAUUGCUGCUGUAUCUUCUGGAGAUGUACCAUUAACUGCAGUCCAACUAUUGUGGGUGAACCUUAUAAUGGACACUUUGGGUGCACUGGCCUUGGCUACCGAGCAACCCACUAAUGAUCUCAUGGACAAGCGACCUGUGGGUAGAACCGAGCCACUUAUAACAAAAGUUAUGUGGAGGAACCUCAUUGCUCAAGCACUCUAUCAGGUAGCUAUCCUACUGAUUUUACAAUUUAAAGGCAAAUCCAUUUUUGGUGUGCCGGAGGAGGUCAAGGAUACCCUGAUAUUCAAUACAUUUGUUCUCUGCCAAAUCUUUAAUGAGUUCAAUGCAAGAAAUAUGGAUAAGAAGAACAUAUUCAAGGGGAUACAUAAGAACAGGUUGUUUUUGGCCAUUAUCGGAAUCACCUUGGUCUUACAAGCAAUAAUGGUGGAGUUUCUUCAGAGGUUUGCCAAUACUGAGAGGCUAAGCUGGGAGCAGUGGGGGGCUUGCAUUGGCAUUGCUGCUCUGACUUGGCCCAUUGGUUGGAUUGUUAAGUGUAUUCCUGUUGACAAGAAGGUUCAAACACGAAGUUCUGCUGCUUCAUGAAGUUCAUAGCUAAGAUGUUUGUUUUUUUCUUUUUGUUAAAUUGACAAAUUAGCCAUGGAUUAUUUCAUUCUAGAAAAAUUUGUAAUUUUAUAAGACAUUCCUGUGCACUCAUAACGUAGUUUGUGCUUGUUAGUAACAUAAAGAUUUGUUCAAACUAUAAAAUUUUAAUGUUAUUAGUGGGUUUGGGUUGAAGAAA